AUGUGGUGCUGCGUUUUCUCCCCCGCCGACGCAUCAGCGGUGUCUGACAACCCCGUUGCGGACAGGGUGGCCGUCGUUGCGCAGCACAAUCCCGCAUGGGAAGCAACCCCAGUGCAGGAGUGGAGCCGGCAGAUGGUGCAGGCGUGGCUUGUGGACACCAGGAUGCCGUCAGAGGUGCUGGAAUUCUUGACGGCCUUCACGGGCAGGGCUCUCGAAGCCCUGUACCGCGAAGCCAGCGCGGCGGGCGGCGCGAGCGGCAUCAAGGACCCCAAGGACCAGCUCGGGUCGCACAAGUUCGCUCUCUACGCCGCGCUGGAGGAGCUGUUUUGCCCCGCGCACACGCCACCGGCAGCGAAGGCCAGCAGCGCGACGCGCUCCCGGGCGCCGCGGGAGCUGGCCCGGGGGGUCUCCAGGACGGAAACCACUGGCUGCGACCCCGUGCCGUCUGCGCGCCCUGGCGGUGAGGAUGUCACCGACACGGUUCCGCGGGACGCCGCCACAAGGGGGGGUGUUGUGCUGGAAGCGGCGUUCGCCGCCCAGACAGCGGACGGCAAGGCUUGCAGCGUUCCCGGAUCGCGGCCCGCCCGCCCCGGGGACGUGGAAGAAGAACGACGCAAUUACCACUUCACUGAUCAUGGUGCAUACCUGGCGAGCGUCGACGUGGCCGCUGCGACGAGCAAGGCGAGCGAGUUCCUCGAGAAGAUCGGGUCGCUGGUGACCCCUGUGGCGACUUUCGUGGGCAGCGUGAUGGACUCGGCGCCGUGGCUCGGGUGUGUGGUGAAGGCGUGUUCGAAGCUGGUUGAAGGGGUGCAGGGGGUGUAUGCUGCGAAGGAGAGCUGCCUGGAGCUCGCGGAGAUCGCCUGGACUGUUGCCGCGACGCUGGACAAGCACAAGAGCAGGAUCAGGGAGAACGAAGCGACGACGCGACAAGUGCAGCAGCUCGAGGACGCGCUCGAGGAGGGCGUGGCGCUGGUCAACAAGUUCAGCAAGCGGUCGUUCCUGGUAAAGAUCUACUUCUGCAGACGGACAGAGGAGGAGUUCCAGGAGGUCACGACCAACAUCCUGCGUCAGGUCGACCUGUUGCAAUUCGACGUGGUCGCCGACGUGUCGGGCGUGGUGAACGACGUGAGCGCGGACGUGCAGACGAUGAAGAACAUGGUCGCGGAGAUCCAGAGCAGGGUGUCGGCCGGGGGUAUGUCCAGGAACGACGAGGACAACGCGCUACGAAGAAAGAUCGAGGACCUCGGCGGCAUGAGCGCGGUGCUGAGCAGCGACGCUGCGCUGGGCGAGGUUGUCGCGAGCAUGGGCGCGCAGGGGCAGGUCGUGGCGGGGCUGGCGCGGGAGGUGGCGGCGUCGAUGGAGCAGCUGCUGGAGUUCCACAGGAAAGGCACGCACAGCAUCAUCCGGAACGACGAGCUGCGGGUGUUCUGGAGCGAGGAGAUCAAGGGCAACGAGGUUGAUACGAAAACGUUCGUGCGAAAGCUUGCGGCCUGGCUGCGCGGCGUGUCCUUUGAGCAUGAGCUUGCGUCGUCACUCGACGACAACAGCAAGACGGAUGCAAAGAAGCUGGUCGUGGAGCUCAUUGUAGAGCUGGACGCCGAUGACGUGUCGAUCGCGACCUUCAAAGUCAACCCCAGCCUCGUCGACAGCGUGUUCCCGGCGAACAAGAACGUCGCCGACAGAGUGCGGGAGAUUCUCGGGAACGGCGUCACGUACUGCACGGUUCCCGAGCUGCCCGACCCGUUGCAGCAGCGCGAGGACGACGUGGAGACCGUUGUUGAAGCGCUGGACGAGAAGCCUGUUGCGGUCGUGCACGGCUCCCCUGGGUCAGGGCGGCGCGUGCUGGCGCACAUCAUCGCGCGCGAGGUGAUGAAGGACCACCCGGCGGGGCUGUUGCACGUCGACUUGAAAGAGAUGUGGCGGUCGGAAGAAGACAUCGUGAAAGAGGUGGGGCUGCAGCUGGGGCGGGACUGGAAGCAGGCGCGCGACAUGACGGACUUCUUGAGGGCGACGACGCGCGUCCACAGGGGGUCGGUGCUGCUGGUGAUCACGGGCGUGACGUCGGAGCUGUGGAAACAGGCACGGCGCAAGGCCGAGGGGCGGGGGCUGAGGCCGUUGGUGACGGGGCUGCUUCAGAGGUUCAAGGAGCAGAGCCUGCAGGUGCUCGGACAGAGGCAAGGGGUGUCGAUCCUCGUGACGAGCGAGGCCGAGCUGGACGUCGAAGGCCUGGAGGAAGACAUCAAGAAGGCUGUCAGACACAUCAGCGUCAACCCUCUCGACGAACGGGACCUGGCGAAGCUCCGCUCUCUGCGGCAUGCUCCUUCGCGGGCCAGCACUGCAGAAGACGACGGCCUCUCGGACGAGCAGCGCGAUGUGCUGGUCUGCCUUGGGGUGUUUACGGGGUCUUUUGACAUCGAGGCGGCCACGGCCGUGCUGGACAGACUGGACGCUGCGGCGCUGCUGCGUGAGCUGGUCGAAGCGGGCUACGUCCAGUUGUGGCAGGAGAGCGGGAGGUGGGAGCUGGAUGAGGAGGCGCGGCGCCUGGCCCAGACCCAUGCCGGGAGCGCAGGCCGCGAGGAGGUGGCCCAGUGCGCCGAGAGGCGGUUCAUAGCCCACAUCGAGAAGAUCGCGGGGCGCCUGAAGGAGUGGACAGAAGGCAGCGAGCAGCUACAAGCGCGGAUGAUCUUCAUGCGAGAACGGCACAACAUCCUCCGCGCUACGGAGAUCUGCAGCGACGACCAUUACUCUCUCCUGAGCCACUCGCUGGGGGGCACCGUCGCGCGGCAGGACCAGUUCAAAGAUGCCAUGGAGCUGUUUGACAGCGCGCGGCGGAUACAGGAAAAGGCAUUCGGGCCGGAGCAUCCUGACGUUGCAGAGACCCUGGCUGACAUGGGCGGCGUCAUGGUGGAGCAGGACAGGCUGGACGAGGCGAUGCGGCUGUACGAGCGCGCUUUGCACGUAUUCGAGCAGGCGUGCGGGUCAGAGUCUCCGGGCGCUGAGCACACCAAGAUGGCAAAGACCCUGGCUUGCAUGGGCGGCGUCAUGCACGCCAAGGACAAGCUGGACGACGCGAUGCAGCAGUACGAGCGCGCGCUGCGGAUAUUCGAGAAGGUGCACGGCACUGAGCACAGUGAGGUGGCGGCGACGCUGGUGUGCAUGGGCAGUGUCAUGCAUGAUCAGGAUAAGCCAGUCGAGGGGAUGGAGCUGUACGACUGCGCGCUGGAGAUGCUUGAGAAGCUGCACGGGCCAGAGCACACCGCGGUUGCAACAGCCCUGGCUGACAUAGGCCAGGUCAUGCGGAAGCACAACAAGCUGGACGAGGCGAUGAAGCAGUACGUGCGCGCGCUCGGGAUCGAGAAGCAGGCGUACGGGCCGGACCACACUGCGGUGGCGAUGACGCUGGUCAACAUGGGCGGUGUCAUGCGGGACCAGGGCAAGCUGGACGACGCGAUGGAGCUGUACGAGCACGCGCUGCGGAUCGAGGAGAAGGCGUACGGGCCGGAGCACAGUGCGGUGGCGGGCACGAUCGCUAGGAUAGGCUGUGUCGUGCGGAAGCAGGGCAAGCUGGACGACGCGAUGCGGCUGUACGAGCGCGCGCGCGGGACCGAGCACACUGAGGUUUCAGGGACCCUGCAUCGAAUCGGGAAAGUCAUGCGGGGGCAGGACAAGCUGGACGACGCGAUGCGGCUGUACAAGCGGAUGCUUGGCAUCGAGCAGCGGGUGUACGGGCCGGAGCACAGUGAGGUGGCGGCGACGCUGGUGUGCAUGGGCAGUGUCAUGCGGGACCAGAACAAGCCGGACGCCGCGAUGCGGCUGUAUAAGCGCGCCCUGCGGAUAUACGAGGAGAAGUGCGGGCCCGAGAGCAAAGAGGUGGCGACGACGCUGGAUCGUAUGGGGAAAGUCAUGGAGGAGCAGGACAAGCUGGACGACGCGAUGCGGGUGUACGAGCGCUUGCUGCUGAUCGAGAAGAUCAAGCACGGGCCGGAGCACAGUGCGGUGGCGGAUACACUGGUGUGCAUGGGCAUCGUCAAGCGGAAGCAGGACAAGCUGGACGAGGCGAUGCGGCUGUUUAAACGUGCGCAGCGGAUUGACCAGAAGGUGCACGAGGCGGAGCACAGUGAGGUGGCGAUGACGUUGGUGUCCACGGGCCGAGUCGUGCGGGAGCAGGACAAGCUGGACGACGCGAUGCGGCUGUACGAGCGCGCGCUGCGGAUACUGGAGCAGGUGGGCAAGCUCGAGAGCGAAGAUGAGGCGACGACGCUGCUGUGCAUGGGCGACGUCAUGCGGGACCAGGACAAGCUGGACGACGCGAUGCAGCUGUAUGAGCGCGCGCUGCAAAUAUACAAGGAGAAGUGCGGGCCCGAAAGCAAAGAUGUGGCGACGACGUUGAAUAACAUGGCCAAUGUCAUGCGGGACCAGGGCAAGCUGGACGACGCGAUGCGGCUGUACGAGCGCGCGCUGCGAAUACGGUAUACAAAGUACGGGCCGGAGCACAGUGAGGUUGCAACGACGCUGGCUGACAUGGGUGUCAUGCGGAAGCAGGAUGACCUGGACAAGGCGAUGGAGCUGUUUGAGCGCGCGCUGCGGAUACGGGAGCAGGUGUACGGGCCGGAGCACAGUGCGGUGGCGGUGACGCUGGUCGACAUUGGCGACGUCAAACUGGAGCAGGGCCAUCUGGACGACGCGAUGCGGCUGUAUGAGCGCGCGCUGCGGAUACAGGAGCAGGUGUACGGGCCGGAGCACAGCAAGGUGGCGGCGGUGCUGCAGUCGGUGGACGACGUCAGGAAGAAGGUGGACGCGCCGCGGCGUUCGGACUGUUUCUGUUUCUGUUUCGGAGGACGACGAUGA